AUGCCGACGGAAGAAGCGACACAUCGAAGUCCAGCAGCAGAACUUGAAGAAUUAGAUGCAAAGAAAUUACGUCAAGACUGCAUGAACAUUAUGCCGAAUGGGAAUUCAAAUGAGGAUGGAGAAGCUUACAAAUUGGACCGCCUUCGGAAUCUUGUCAAUCGGAUUUUCAGCGGUGAAAACAAUAUUUGUUUGAAAUCUUUAUUAGAAUCAACUGAUUCAUCAACUUUUAAUAGUGACAUUGAUUUGUCAGUCGUAAUAGAUGAUAUUUUUAUGCGAGCACUAUGUAACAUACAAAAAAGCAACAUACAGAUCAUGACUACAGACAGAAUGUUGGGAAAACAACUUGGCGAACCGCUGUUUGAUUUGCCUUUAACUUUGCCAGAAAUAGCUUUGCAUUAUCUUAUCACAGCAAAUGAAAAAUUGGCUACUGAAGGACAGAAUCAGUUUUUGAUGGAUUACGAACGAUCCGUGAUUCCAGUCGUUCAGAAAAGACUUUUUGCUCAAACAUCUUUUCUUCUUCGUGGCUUUUAUGGUGAAAAAUUUACAGCAGAAGAAAUGAUAGCAGUCUUUGUCCGAAUGUUUUAUCAGCAGCAAAUGCCAGAAACUUUUACCUACAACUUGAUAAAUUACUGUGCAGAUGAAGAUAUGACGGAUCACGGUACACUUGCUGAGAUUUUUAAUCCCAUUUUGGAUUGUGCUCAAAAGUCGAUGAGUUGCCAACAAAUGUCGAAUAAGUGCAACAGGGAAGUGGGUGUUUAUCCAUAUUCCCUGUUGAAAUUCCUUGUAGGCGUCAAAAUUUCACCUAAUAGGAGGCCUAUUGCAGAUUUGCUGGUUUCACGGGCAGAUUUUAUAUCAGAAGUACACACUGUUCUCGAAGGUCAUGAUUUCGCAAGGCUAUGUUAUUUGGGACCAUUCUUUGAAUAUAGCACAGCUCCUGCUGAUAAUGGAAGUCUUUCUAUAUAUAUGCCGUUUUUUGACUGCUCUCAACUUCCGGAAGAUGACCAGAAACCGAUGUUGUAUAACAUUUACCAAAAUGAUUUAACGCUUGUUAGGCGCCAUUUGCAUCAAAUAUUACAUCAGUUGUUAGUAAAUACUUCGAGCCGUAGCAGAACGUUGGAUUUCAUUACUCGUGUGUUAUCGGUCAAUAUCAAAAGACGGCAGAUGAAUCCGGAUAACUCGAAGUUGUCAUCAGAUGGUUUCAUGUUGAAUUUCUUUGAUGUAAUGCUGAGUUUGGCUGAGAAAGUAACAUUUGAUAAGGUCAACACUAAUUACAUAUUCCAUCCAAAAUGCAGAAUUGAUUUUUCGGAUGAAACACGAUUGAAAAUGGACUUGGAACAAGCAAAAGCCUUUGCAAAAACGAUAGAUACUAAUUUUGAAAUCAAAUUCCCCACCGAAUGUUUCUUCCUAACGGUACAAGCUCAACAGCUAUCACUAUCAUCUGCGAUUGGGCAACUAAAGUAUUUGAAGAGGAAUUUGCAUGAAAUUGAACUUGGUUUGACUGAACUUAAAGCACAUUUACGGAGAUUAUUGGCAUUACAAAUAAGAGAAAAAGCGAUGAUUGAAGCAAAACUGGAGCGCGCCAAUAUUUUUCGUACAAGACUGAUUCGGAGCAUUAUGUGUUUAGAAGCGGCUCUAUACGAUCCGGUGUUUCUCCACCGAGCUUUGGAAUUUUGUAGCCGUCAGCUUACGUUCAUCAUCAAUAUUAUUAAUCCUAAUUUCCUUAACGAUGGUUUACUUCCUCCCGUAGCACCAGAUUUGUUUGGAGCUAUGCCGGAGUUCUUUUUGGAAAACUCUCUUGACUUCAUUGUUUUUCUGCUGAAGAAUAAUCCGAUUAUACUUCUGGAAAGUCGACUGGACUUACCUCAACAGCUACUUGUAUUUAUUUGCAGCACCCAUUAUUUUAAUAAUAAAUUUCUGGCAGCAAAGAUAGUGGAAGUUCUAUUUAUGGUCUGUCCUGCAAUUUUACCUGCUGCGUAUCACUUCCAUCUUUCUGUUAUCAAUUCUCCAUUGGCCAUUAAUCGACUCUUUCCAAGUCUUGUCAAAUUCUAUGCAGAUGUGGAGUCAACAGGAGCAAGCACGGAAUUUUACGACAAAUUUAAUAUCAGACGAUCGAUUCAAGUGAUAUUUCGCUCUCUUUGGGAAAGUACAAUCUACAGAAGUAAUAUUACUGCCUAUGCAAGAGAAUGCUCACCUGAUUUCAUUCGUUUCGUCAAUAUGGUUAUUAAUGAUGCAACCUAUUUAUUGGAUGAAUCAUUGCUUGCACUGAAAAAAAUACACGAUAUUGAAACACUAAAGGAAAGUAAUGAAUGGUCUAAUCUGGGGGAUGAAGAACGUCAAAUGAAAGAAGAUGCAUUAUUGGAAGCAAAGCGAGGUGUACGGAACUGGUUAAUACUUGGACGUGACACAUUGGAUCUUUUCACAUAUUUAACUGCUGAUGCACCUGAACCGUUCUAUGAGCCAUUGCUCGGUGAACGAUUGGCUUCUAUGUUGGAUUACAACGUGUCACAAUUAUGUGGUCCAAAGUGUACAGAACUGAAAGUACGUGACGCAGUACGUCGGUUUAUGUGGGAGCCACGAGCUUUACUGCAACAAAUAGUAAAUGUGUACUUGAAUUUAUCCUCAGAGAAAUUUGCAGAAUGCAUUGCUAAUGAUGAGCGUUCGUAUUCGCCUGAUGUAUUCUCAAUGGUGCUUUCACGAUUAACUGCUAAUAACAUUGUACCUAUAAAUGAAAUUGAACUCUUGAAAAAUCUUGCUGAUAUAACGGAGCGAAUUUGGAAGCAGAAAGCCCAGAAUGAAGAAGAUUUCGGAGAUGAUGUUCCGGAUGAUUUCAGAGAUCCAGUAAUGAACACACUGAUGACUGAUCCUGUAAUUCUUCCAUCGGGACAUAAAAUGGAUCGGAAACAUAUCAUGCGUCAUUUGCUCAGUUCUCAAACGGAUCCAUUUACUCGACAGCCUCUAAGCGAAACUCAGCUUGUAUCUGAUGUUGCUUUAAAAACAAAAAUUCGAGCAUGGAUAAAGGAAAAGCUGGCAUCAAAAUCAAAAUGA